AUGCCAAUGCAAAACUCUUCCGAUGGAACAGAAGCGGCCCCAUCCGAGCUCAUUGGCGCCCGACCAAUCGUGAAGUGCAAUACGACGUUCGCGGAGAAUUGCGUUUAUUCGAGAAGGAAGAUAUGCCACGAGUACCAGCAAGACCAAUAUGAGCCACCGGCAAAUAGUCCAUCUACCCAUUGGACAAGAGAAGAACCCACAAGCGGGAUGAAAUCACCCGAAAGUGCAGGAGAGACCCAUUCAUCGAGAUUGAAUGACGUCUGUGAAGUAAGAUCUGGAACGAUUAUCACCAUGGUCGAUGAGAAAGUAAAAACGUUCAAAUGGGUCGUUCUACUGGAAAUAGGCGUACAUCGACCAUCAUGGGUGAUUCAAUCGUUUACUGGAAAGAACACCGGCGGCAUUUCAUGUUGCUUCGUUGCUGUCAUGAAUCCCCCGAGAAAAAAGGUUCGGAGAUUGUUGUGGUCGCCAUCGACAUUCAACCAGGACAUCGCAGCUGUUCUCGCUUCCCCCAACAACUUCUGA